CCUAUUCAUUGCCCCAAACAAAAGUUCCCGAGAAGUAGAAAACAGAAACGCAAGAAAAAUAAAUGGAUCAACCAAACGAGGACCAAGAGGAACCUCCAAUUGCGGAGCUAUUGGGCGUGAAGAAGAAGAAGAAGAAGAAUAAGAAUAAAACGGGGGUUUCUUCGCCGAGGAUGAGAACGACAACCGGAGUAAAAGCAAAUAAGAAGAAGGGCGGUCCCGCUGUAGUGGACUCCGCAGCACAGUAUCCUACGGGCUCCGCAGAGGAUUGCUGCGAUGCCCCUAAGGUUACGGUUUUGAAGUUCGAUAAUUCGGCGGAGAAUCACUUCAGGGCCAUCGACGCGAUUUCUCAGCUCUGUGGAGAGCUUAAAGACGGUGCUCUUGAAGAACAAGAAAUUCAGCAACUGUCCUCCUCAAUCACUUUCUUAAGAGAAUGGAAGUAUUUUAAUUACGAACCAAAAAUCGUCAGGUUCGCUUCUGCAGUAGGAAGCAUUGAAAGGAAAGAUGUUGUUAGCGGAAUAGAGUUGCCUCAACUAUCUUCUGCAGCUGUUCCUAAGAAUGAGGAACCUUCUGGGGGUGCUGCUACACAUGCGGAAUCAUCCGGAUCUGGCUGCAGCAAAGACUUUGUUAUUCAUGUUGGAGGGCAUGUUUGGGCUUUGGAUUGGUGUCCUAGAGUUCAUGAAAGCCCCGAGUGUCCUAUCAAAUGUGAGUUUGUAGCUGUUGCUACUCAUCCUCCUAGAUCUUCAUAUCACAAGAUAGGCGCCCCUCUUACCGGUAGAGGUGUCGUUCAGAUAUGGGGUCUCCUAAAUGUCAGCAUGAAUGAGGAUGAGGUGCCACCUCCAGCAGAAAAGCCAAAACGGGGGCCUAAAAAUAGUAGGGACAUGAAGGACAAAUCGACUGUAUCAAAGAGGCCCAGAGGAAGACCUAGAAAGAAGCCAGAAGAAGACAAUGUGGCGAUAACAACUCAAAAGAGGCCCAGAGGAAGACCUAGAAAGAAUUUGAUAGAAAAAUCUCCUGAUAAUUUGGAUUGCAGUGAGCAGUGUGUUCAAGCCCUUGCUGUUCAAUUCCCAGAAGAUUCGUCAGAUUUUCUUGCCAUAGAUGGGGUUCUUGGGGACACUCAAGAACAUGCUAUACAAGAAGACAGCGGAAAAAAACAAAAAAGUUACAAGCAAGCUGCAUCUAAGUGUAACCCAACACUUGAAACUCCUCUGAAGUGCAGAAGAUUGAAAAAUAAGAAAAGGACACGGAGUUGCAGUGAUGAUACAAGUCCACUGUUGUUGGAACUAAUUGAAGACAUGGGAUCUUCUGUUGUGAAUCAAAUACAAGCGGAACCUGCAGCAAAUGUUAAUUUCUCACACAAUGAUUCCUUGGAAAUUAGCUCUGCUGAUUGCUUGAUUCCAAAUGAUGUUGCUUUGCCAAGAGUUGUAUUUUGCCUAGCUCACAAUGGGAAGGUUGCAUGGGAUGCCAAAUGGCGGCCUUCCGAUGCAUGCGAUUCUAUUAAGAUGGGUUAUCUUGCUGUCUUGUUGGGGAAUGGAUCUCUGGAAGUGUGGGAUGUCCCUCUUCCUCGUACCGUGAAAGUUAUAUAUUCUUCAGACCAUCCAGAGGGCACUGAUCCUCGUUUUGUGAAAUUGGAUCCUGUAUUCAGAUGCUCAAUGUUGAAAGGUGGCGGCACACAGAGCAUCCCUCUGACAGUGGAGUGGUCGGCUUCACCCCCUCAUGAUCUCAUUCUUGCUGGAUGCCAUGAUGGAACAGUUGCUUUAUGGAAGUUUUCUGCAAGCAAUUCAUCUAAAGAUACGAGGCCAUUGCUUUGCUUCAGUGCAGACACAGUUCCUAUAAGAGCACUCGCCUGGGCUCCAGUUGAAAGUGAUCCAGAGAGUGCAAAUGUUAUACUUACUGCUGGACAUGGAGGCCUAAAGUUUUGGGACUUACGGGAUCCAUUCCGACCUUUGUGGGACCUCCACCCUGUGCCAAGGAUCAUAUAUAGUCUGGAUUGGCUACCAGAUCCAAGAUGUGUUAUUCUAUCCUUCGAUGACGGAACAAUGAGAACCCUCAGCUUGCUUAAGGCAGCAUAUGAUGUUCCUGUCACUGGAAAGCCCUUUGGUGGGACGAAACAACAAGGAUUGCACAGUUAUUACUGUUCAUCAUUUGCUAUCUGGAGUGUUCAAGUGUCAAGACUAACAGGUAUGGUGGCAUAUUGCAGUGCAGAUGGUACUGUUCUCCGUUUUCAGCUUACAUCCAAAGCAGUGGACAAAGAUCAUUCACGAAAUCGGACACCACAUUUUCUCUGUGGGUCACUGACAGAAGAGGAAUCGGCUAUAACAAUCAAUACUCCAGUACCAAAUUCCCCUUUCCCAUUGAAGAAGUCACUUAACAAAAGUGGGGACACUCCAGUAUCCAUGCGGGAGUUUUCAUUGGAGCCACGAGUGAAAACAGCAAGUGAUAAGGUGGCAAACGGUCCUAGUACAGAUGCUCAGACUUUAGCCCUUUGUUAUGGCGAUGACCCAAGUACAGAAUCUGGACCCGUGGAAGCCUUGAGGCAUCCCAAGAGCAAAAAGAGACCAAAGAAGAGUAGCAGUGAGAAAAUUCCAGCAGAUGGCCAAGCCUUGGUAUGCAGAGAUGAAGAGCCACCAAAAACGCAGCGGAAAGAACACGUAAAAGUGGAAGCUCGGGCAAUUGAAGCUUUCCCUCCAAAAAUUGUAGCAGUGCAUAGGGUGAGAUGGAACAUGAACAAGGGUAGUGAGAGAUGGCUGUGCUAUGGUGGAGCGGCUGGAGUUGUACGUUGUCAGGAGAUUGUUUUGUCAGACGUUGAUAAGAAAUUGACCAUGAAGAGAUGAGAUGGGUCCCGGGCAUUAGCUGUCCGUAACUGGCUCUGUAAUGUAAUUCCCCUACUCUAUACCAUGUUGGUUGCUUCCAUGCUCUUUCAAGUGGCGUGGACGAGCGAUAAGUGUGCAUUUUAAGGUAUUAGUUACUGUAAUUAGUAGGAAGUAUUGUCACAAGCAGAGUGGAGAAAGUUGUGUUCCUCCACUAUUAUUGUUGUCGUUAAAUGUUUUAUUAUCAAGGUAGACAAAUAAAAUAAUAAUUUAGAAA